UUUAUUUUUAUAAACAUGUCUAUGUGGGAGGACUUUAUAAAGUGCUUCAAGAAGGGCACCAAGAUCACAGGCUGCACGGAGACGAAGAUAGCUGAGCUCUUUAAUCGCGUUCCUCCGGAUCAGCGCAAGCAAUUUCGAGAGUUUGCCAAGAAACAUGACGAGUACAGACAACGUGUCCGCAAGUAUCCGGACAAAAUGCCAACCAUAGAUUGGAAGUAUUACAGGGAGAAUGUGCGAAAAGAGAUGGUCGAUUGGGUUCAAGACUAUGAGAAGAAAUAUGAUAAUUUGGACAGCAUGUUUACCAAUCGACAUACCAUGAUUGAUUUUUCAAAGUACUUCGGGGAAAUCACCAAACAAUCUGAGGAAGUUCAAAAGGAUGUUUGUAAAUUCAAGGAGGAGUCUGAGAAGCGCAUCAAAGUUCUGCAGAAUAAAAUGAAAGAGCUAGAAUCUAUGCGUCCCUACACUGAAAUGACAAUGGAGGAGUUUUGUAUUGCACAUCCCAAUGAGGCGCCCGAUUUCAGAAAUAAACCCACCUUUUGGCCACAUACACCCGAAGAGCAGGCGGAGGAAGAGUUGGCGGAGAAAGAGGCAGCAAAAGAAGACAAACCAGACCCAAGUAAGCCAGCUCCAUCUGGAACAGCUCCUAAAGAUGCCAAGCCAAAAACUCCACCAAAGGCAAAAGAACCCGAACCAGUUAAAAAAGCAGUUGAUACUCCCAAGAAGGAAGAGAAAGCUGAAGUUGCUGCUGUAAAAGUCGAGGAAAAAGAAUCAAUGGAAAGCCAGAUUACGGAUAAAGUAACAGAUUUGGCUUCUAAAGGCAUUGAUUUGGUCAAAGAUCUGGGAUCAAAAGCUAUUGUUCUAUUAAAGGGCUUAUGGCAGAAAGCUGAGAACAAGCGAAGAGAAGUUGCAGAGUCUGCCAAGGCUGAAAGAUUGAAGAAAGAAUCUUCUGAUGCUGCUGUGAAAACUGUUUCCUCAAAAGAUUUGGGCGGAUCUUCAGAAAUAUGCAACAAGACCAUAAUUCGAGGUGAAGAUACUGCCGAGGCCGAUGUCAAGGAACAUCAUGCUGACUUGACCAUAGAAGGACAGUCCGAUGCAGAUGUUUGUAAAGAAAAGUCGAAAGCAGAAGAGAAGGAAUCUGACGCAGAUAUUUGUAAACAAAUGUCGAAAGAUGAAGAAAAGAUAUGUGAGAAGGAUGUUGCAACAGUCUGUUUCGAGAAAUAUCAAGAGAAAAUUAAAGAUGAAAGACUAAGUGCAGCUGAAAAGAAGUCUUGUGCUGAAUCAGUAAAGGAAGAGUCUACCAAGGCGACAGGAAAUCAAUGCGAAGAUGUCUGCAAAGAGAAGCCCAAAGAUACUGAUAAUAAGUGUAAACCAGAUGAGAGAGCUUCAUUGCCUGAUAUCACGUUACGGGCUGAGCCAAAAAAGCCGUUAACAACUUGUGAACUGAAUCAAGUACCACCAACAAAUGCAGUUACAUCUCCAGCUCCUAACCUAGUAGUAAAAUCGUCGAAUGCUGGAAAUGAUACAACAAUAAUUGGCAUGCACCAGGAGGUUCUGACGGCGGAGAACGAGAUUUUUCUGGGAGCAAAGCAGCUGCCAAAGGGACCCAAGGACUUCAAGCCAUCUGAUAAGGAUAAUGCUCAGCAGGUAAAGGAAGUAACUCAAGAGCUGAAAGGAGAGAAAACAUCUAACAAUCAAAAACAAACGGAUAAUGCUCCAGUAACUAUGAAGUCAGAUCAGAAAGGUCAAGACAAGAACGAUGACAAAUCAAUGUCAGAUGCCAUGCAGCAAGGAAUCAAUGAAGGUUCCGAUGAAAUUGCCAAAGUGAUGUUCAAAAUGGCCAUCGGUGCUGCCCAAUUGCUGGCGGAGGCCAAGAAGAAGAUCGAGCAGGCACAACGGGAGAAUUCUGGUCAAGCAGAAGCUUUGAAGCAUGCUUUUGAGGCAGCUGGCAAGCAAGUUGACCUGGCCUUAAGCCAGGCUCAUACUGCUCUGGAAUCCGCCAAAAAACUAACCCAUCGUGCCCAAUUCACCUUGGGGGACAACGAGGAGAAGCUGGUUGCCACCAUAGAGAAGCACACGGUGUUGGCCAAGUUGUUGGCUAAUAAGGCUAUGACCAUGCAGAAGGAAAUUGACAAACUUCUGGAUGGUCUUAAGAAGCAACAAUGAAACUACAAUCAGUUAAUGUUAUUAUUUUAAGCGAAGUUCACAUUUCGUGUUCGAACUGUUUUCAUUAAAUUUGCUGUUAAAUUUUGAAAAACCAAA